UGAAGAACAAGCACCGAUCCUGUCACCUUUCCCCGCAUUUAUUAACGUCGAAGUUGAUGAUGCAGAAAUUGUAGCUGAAUUUUGAGAUUUGAUCACUUACCUAUAUGCCCCUAUGGCAGCACAGCCCGCACCCCUUCGUUCUUACGCUUACUUGCGCUUGCCUCACUUGUGACACAAGAAGUUCAAAGUUAGGAACCAUGGGUCGCAACACAACCAGCCACGCGACCGCCACGCCCUCCUCCUCCUCCUCCACCUCCGGCCGGCCCCUGGAUCCGAGCAAAUUUGAAUUCUUCGAGAAGGAAAUCCUCACACCAGAGUUUUGGCAGAGCACGUGGGAGAAAAAGCACCGGCACUGGAGGGAUGUCCAGGACAACUUUUUCCCCGAGCACUUUUCUGUGGACCGGUUCGUUAACCGGAUGCUGGGGCCGGACUGCCGUGUCUUUGUCCACGAAAAAUCGUGCGAACAUGAUAGUCUUCGAGCAGGCAACAACAAUAUCAAGACGCAGAAGCAGCGAGAGAUAGACUCGAUCGGGGAUGACCCGGUGCGGGGGUACCUGGCUGGUGGGUCGCUCGUGUACAACCAGGCGGACAGACUAGACGAGUCUCUACUGAAGUUUUGUCAGCACUUGGCGAAGAAGUUCUUCCAUCACGUGUUAUCAAAUGCAAAAAUGUCUGGGUCUGGAAGGAUGCAACUUGUGCUGCAGCAUUUGGACUCCAAAAAAAACUGUAUUGCAGCAGCAGCAAAGGGAGUGUAAUUUUUGCUACGCGGAGAGGGCAUUUGAUGUCAUGCGGAAUUGGCAUCCAGAAGCACUCAAAGAAUCUGUGAUGCUAGGGCAUGCAUCACAGACAUCAUGGCUCAUGCAAAACGGGAAUGACAGGUCUCACAAUCUUCCAGACCCAGACACUUUUGCAAUUGAUACGUGUUCUGCGUGUACUACUUGACCCCACCCGGUUCGCAGGCCGUCCGCCCACACAGCGACGACCAGGAUGUUUUCAUUCUCCAGGUCUGGGGGAAGAAGAAAUGGCAUCUGUACCAGGCAGACCCGCUGUUAAUUUACACGGAGGAAAUGCUCGGGAAGAAGAAGCCAGUGCCGGAAAAAUGCCUGGGAGAGGACAGGUAUUGUAAGGAAUAAAAGUUGUCAACAUAUACAGAUAUAGUCGUACGGUACAUAGUUGCAUGAAGGCUGCAUGUAGUUGCGCGGCCUGAGUACCACACACCCUAGGUGCAAGAAGUAGGUGCAACUUUCUGUGAUGGAGGGGAUGCUCCAAUUCAAGUUAGUAAGCAUUUGCUUUCUUCACGACAGGUACGUAGGCGAAGUGACCAUGGAGGCCGGGGAUAUUCUCUACAUGCCACGCGGCCUGCUUCACGAAGCCGAGAACUCCGAGGGUGCUCUGAACGGGUCGCUGCACUUUACCAUCACCGUGCCAUCCUGCGACUACUGUUGGGGUGCCUUGCUCUGUCACUACCUCGAGGCCGCCCAGGGUCCGAAAAUGGUCAGCAAUUUGCGGUUGCCAGUGCCUGAAGGUCCUCGCGGAACCAACAGUGCGGCCAGAGAGGACCUCUCGGUGUCGGAUCUUCAGGGGACAGGAGUGGGAGGACCACCCUCCUGCUCGUCCACAGCCAAAUCCAAUUCCCAAGCCACAGAGAUUGCAGCCUUGCUAGAAGCGCUGAAGAGCAAGUACAAACUGAAGCACGUCAUUAGCGCGUACGAAGAGAAAAUGCGGAAGAUCAAUGACAAGCAAGCCGGCGGCCUACGGAUCCCCGGGGACGGGGCCAAGCACGGCGAGGUAGAAGAUGGCGAGGGGACGAUGAACAAGCUGAAAGCCGAAGAGGAGACGGAUGAAGGACCAGCUGGCUCCUCUACUUCUAGAGGUGGAACUACAAACCCCAACAACAAGUCCGGCGGAACAAGCUCAGCGAGUUCUGGAGCGACACACGGCAGGUCGACUUUAGCGCAGAAAGCAAAAUCCUCGGCUAAGCCGAUCAAGCAGCCAGAGCUGCAGAAAUUUUCUAGUCGCUGGGUGCGGUUUCCGGCGAACAUCCGGUAUAAUCGACCUGCGAGGGACCGGGUGUACUUCCAGAAAGUCGGCCACGACCAGUCCUUGAGUAUGCAAGUCGACCCGGCGGCAGGAAAUUUGCUGGACCAAGUGAACAACGCGGUCCACGUUCGAGGGGUUAAAGUGGGAACGAUGAAGCAUCGCAAUGAGGACGCGUUUGAGAUCUACUGCAUCUUGCAGGUGUUCAUCAAGAAAAUGUGUUUGGAACUCGUGCCACUACUAGAACAGACAAAUUUGAAGAAAGGAGAAGAGGCGGAUUGAAAGUUAAUACUGCGAUGGUGCGACUGCCCUUCGUGAGUUGAUAGAU